CAAUUGUGUUCUGGUUGGACUUGCCAGCGCAAUUGCUUAAAAUCAUUCGGAGUGUGUGGACGGAAAAAAUUUGGAGCAUGAGGUGCGUGACUCCCUCAAGGAUCUUCCUGAUCUUCGUGAUACUCGCGGCAGGUGGACGUGAAAUUGCUGGUGAUUGUGUGUGGUACGAUGUGUGCAAUAUUGAUAAUCGUGGGCAAUUCCAAAAUUGUGCAUACGAUGGCCCAGGAUUCCCAUUAGAUGUUGCAGCAGAUCCGGAAGCGGCUGAAAUACUCAGAAAACGGUGUCCGGAUGUUUUCACGAGUGACGAUACUCCGCUCUGCUGUACGCCUCAGAGUAUUCGUCUCAUGGAUCAGCAAUUUUCAAUGGCUGAGGGAAUUUUUGGCCGAUGCGAGGGAUGCCUGAAAAAUAUGCUUCAGAGUAUUUGUGCAUUCUCAUGCUCUCCCGAAGCUAGCAAAUUUGUUCGGCCGUACGUGGAGGAGGCUGGGAAUCUGGGCAGGGGACCCUAUGUGGCUGAGAUUGACUUUGUAGCAAGUGGAGAGUAUUACAAUAUGACGUAUGAAAGUUGCGCUGGUAUCGUUCAUCCUGCCACGGGGAAACUGGCCAUGGAUCUGGCGUGUGGAUCAUUCGGUUCAGCACGAUGUACGCCAGAGAGGUGGUUUGGAUUUAUGGGAGGUAUUGAUUUAAAUCCUCUGGCACCCUUCAACAUAAACUACAUGGAAUCAGAUAAUCCCGAUGAAAGAUUUGAAGGAGCUCCCAGGACUUGCGAUGAUCCGUUUCCGGGAUCGUAUGAAUGCUCUUGCAUGGAUUGUGCGGCAAAUUGCCCACAAGGGAUGGAGCCUGUUGUUGAGGAGCAUCCGUUCAUGGUUGGGGAUCUGAAUGGGGUGACUUUUGUCAUAGCACUUUUUAUAGGCUUCCUAGGGAUUGUAUUUGUGGUCAUUGUGGCAAUUAGGACGAGGCACAGUGACUUCGAUGAGCUCCCCAAGUGGACAGGUGGAUUCAGUGGUGUCAAUUACUACCUCACGGCCUUCUUCCGUUGGCUAGGACAUGGAUGUGCUGCUCAUCCUGUCCUCACGCUUGCAAUCUGUUCAUGGGGUAUUGCUGGUCUAGCCUAUGGAAUCUUCUACCUUGAGAUUGUAACAGAUCCCGUGGAACUUUGGGCGAAUCCCGAUAGCAGAUCUCGAAUUGAAAAGGAUUUCUUCGACAGUCGAUUUGGAGCUUUCUACCGGACUGAACAGCUUUUCCUCAAACCCUACAACACAACACAUAUUUUCCAUGAAACAGAACUUGGAGUUGUUGAAUUUGGUCCAGCAUUCAACAGAGACUUCCUUCUGGAAGUUUUUAGGCUGCAAAUGGAACUGACUGAGUUGGGGCAGGAUAUGGAUUUGGGAUUGGAAAGGAUAUGCUUUGCACCAAUUAUCUAUCCAGGGGAAGUUCCAACACUCGAUCAGUGUACUGUUCAAUCAAUUUUUGGCUACUACGGGCAUGAUUUUGUCAAGUUCAAUGAAUCACGAAUUGAUGCCAAUGGUUUCGAGAGGAAUUACCUGAACACAAUUAUCAGCUGCACACAAAACGCCUAUGCUCCGGAAUGCUUUGCACCCUUUGGGGGUCCUGUUGAACCCGGUGUGGCACUCGGUGGGAUGCCAAAACCCGAAGGAAAUGAGCAACCGGAUUACAAUUUAGCCACAGCAGUCACAAUUACCUUCAUAGUCAACAAUCACGCUGAUCCUGAUCAUCUUGAUUUAGCAAUGCAGUGGGAGGAGCUUUUCAUUAAUUUCCUGAAAAACUACGAGAGUGACAUCAUGGAGAUUGCUUUCAGUGCUGAAAGAUCCAUUCAGGAUGGUAUUCAGGAGCUGUCAGAAGCUGAAAUGUCCACUGUUAUCAUCAGCUAUGCAGUCAUGUUUGUCUACAUAAUGAUUGCUCUGGGGAAGAUCUCUGGGAUUCGUACAUUCCUGCUGGAGUCAAAAAUCACUCUAGCUGUGGGAGGAAUUGUCAUUGUCUUGGUAUCCGUGGCUUGUAGCUUGGGAAUCUUUGGCUAUGCUGGAGUAUCCACAACAAUGCUCACAAUUGAAGUGAUUCCAUUCCUCGUCCUCGCCAUUGGUGUUGAUAAUAUCUUUAUUAUGGUCCACACGUACAAUCGCCUUGACCGAAGGGAGUAUCCUUCAAUUCCCGAAGGAAUUGGGAUGGCUGUGGGACAAGUUGGUCCAUCAAUUCUCCUCACAGCAUCAGCAGAGAUAUUCUGCUUUGGAAUUGGAGCACUCUCCAACAUGCCAGCUGUUCAUACGUUCGCCAUGUAUGCUGCUGUUGCUCUUCUUAUUGAUUUUAUCCUUCAGCUCACGGCCUUUGUGGCACUCAUGAGCCUCGAUCAGAGACGAUAUGAAUCCAAACGAUUCGACCUGAUGUGCUGCUUCAGGAUGAAGGAGUACCAGAAGGCAGAUAAACCUUCUCAGAGCUUCCUGCAGCGCAUCAUUGAUAAAUUCUACGCGCCCUUUGUGCUCUCAAAACGUAUUCGUCCGUUGAUUUUUAUCAUCUUCAUCCUCACAACUUGCCUCUCAAUUAUGGUGGCUCCUCACCUGGAACCCGGCCUUGAUCAGGAAUUAUCAAUGGCCAAAGAUUCGCAUGUCGUGAAGUAUUUUCAAUUUAUGGCGGAUUUACUCUCUAUUGGCCCACCUGUGUACUUUGUCGUAACAUCAGGAUUGGAUUACAGCCUAACUGAGUCACAGAAUAUCAUCUGUGGUGGCCCUCUGUGCAACAAUGAUUCAGUUUCCGUUAAACUCUACAUGGCAUCGCAAUUCCCGGAAAUAACACACUUGGCUCGACCCUCUUCAUCGUGGAUUGAUGACUAUUUCGAUUGGAUAAGUGUGGACACGUGCUGCAAAUUGCACGCCAAUGGUAGCUUCUGUCCGAGUACAGCUCCAUUUGGGGUUUGUCAGGACUGUGAGAAGGAGAUUGUGGAUCUGAGACCAACGAGGGAGACAUUUAUGCAGUAUUUCAGUAACUUCCUUUCGGAUUUGCCUCAUGAAGGAUGCGCCAAGGCUGGAAGAGCUGCCUAUGUCUCGGCAAUAAACUACAUUUAUGAUCAACAUGGAGACACCUACAUUCAGGAUUUCUACUUCAACUCUUACCACACAACUCUCAGUACAUCCCGUGAUUUCUACACAGCCCUCAAACAGGCACGAAUAAUUUCGGAUGAUAUUCAAAAGCAGUUCGAUGAAAAGGAACUCGGGAUCACCAUUUUCCCUUACAGUGUUUUCUACGUUUUCUACGAGCAAUACCUGACAAUCUGGGAGGAUUCUCUCUUCUCCUUGGGCAUGUCAAUGCUCUGUAUCUUUGGUAUAACUUUCCUUGUUACAGGCUUUGACAUUGUGUCCGCUCUCACUGUUUUCCUCGUCGUUCUUAUGAUUCUCAUCAACAUGUUGGGACUUAUGUGGGCAUGGAGCAUAACACUUAAUGCUGUCUCUCUCGUUAAUCUCGUUGUGAGUGUUGGAAUUGGCGUGGAGUUUGUCUCGCAUAUCGUGAGAUCCUACACGAGAGCUAUUGGUGAUCAUAUGGACAGAUCAAGAGCUGCCCUCGUGAAUACGGGCAGUAGUGUCCUGUCCGGUAUCACUCUGACAAAAUUCUCCGGGAUUAUUGUGCUUGCCUUUGCCAAAUCCCAAAUUUUCCAGGUCUUCUACUUCCGAAUGUACCUUGGAAUGGUGCUCAUUGGUGCAGCUCAUGGAUUAAUCUUCCUUCCGGUCUUGCUCAGCUUUAUCGGACCUCCAUCGAAGGUGAAAGAGUGAUACUAAAGUGAUACGAAUAAUAUAGCAGAGAAGGAAUAAUGAAUAAAAAAAUGAUAUUAAUUAA